AAGAGAAAAGAGGCUGUUGUUUCUUCAUUCGUUUCGUUCCUCCAAGUAUCCCGAAAAUACAGAGAGAAAAUUGUUCGCCUCCCUUCUUCAACCCGUAUCUGUCCUUCCUCCGCUGCCCAUCGCAAAAACCCUAAUUUCCUCUUUCUUACCUCUUUUCUGAAAACCCUAAUUUCCUCUCUCAAUCCCUUCUUCUCCCGUCGUUCUUCCCAUCCCCACCCCGUCUCUGCUCGAAAACCUGUUUCCCUUUUUGCUUUCUUUCCCUCCGUGGGGAAGAAGCCAUUGUUUCGAUUGAGCGAUUGCAUUCGCGAAACUCCUGGGUCCUGCGUGUGAGCGAGCCAUCUCUCUCUGGGUUAGGGUUUUGCCGUUUUCCCUCUCUCCUGGCGUCGUUUGGGUUUCCGCGGUUCUCGUUCUCCUAAUGCUGUGUUGAACGAUAUCUGCACCGUCUCGAACCCUAGGGCCUAGGCUGAUUAGAUAUCAAGAGUGGUGAUCAUAUACGUAGAUAUAUGCUUUGCUGUUAGGGUUUCUGAUUAAGGCGAUUGAACUGUGGCGCAAUCACUGUAAUUUUCGGCGCGGCAUUUGCAUUUCAUUGUUGAACUGUGUUAUAGGUGCGAAGAAGGCUCCGAUAAUAUAUCCCUUCCCCCACCCCCAUUGCAUAAUAAAUAGGUGGGUGGAUUCUUCGUUUGUCUCUCGUUUCUUCACAAGGAUGAGGGUCUAGUAUGAGUUUUGAACAUCUUCUAAUCCAUCUGUGCGAGAGAUAGAGGUGUAGAGGUUCUUCACAUCUCCUUAUCCUCUGUUCCAUGAGAUUCAGGAUCUACAAAAUUCAUUCCGAUUCGUGGGUAGAUUGCAGUCGUGUUUGAGUGGCUGAUUGGUGAAUUCAUUCCUUGGCCUUAACAGAAGUAAGUGACUGGAUGAAAGAGAGAGCUAGGAUAAGUUAGACCAGUUGUGCAUCUUGGCGUCUUCUACCGGAAGAAAAACCUUUGUUUUCUCCCUGGGGGUUCAAGGAAUUCCAGAGAAGUGUUCUUCUUUCUUUAUUCUUAUAAUGUACAGCCCUCAUAAUGGCAGGAAGUGAACCCUCGUUAGCUCCUGAAUGGUUGAGAACUGCAGGGAGUGCUUCUGUAGGCGGGAGUUCGAACCACCACGCUGUAUCAUCUUCUUCUCAUUCAGAUUCUGCUUCUUUGCCGCACAAUAGAAGGAAUAGGAAUUCUAGGAUCAAAGGUGAUAUCGAUACAAUUCGGUCCCCUUUUCUGGAUCGGUCUUCUUCCGCUGAUUCCCGGAGGGGUUCUAGUAAUGGGUCUGCAAAACAUGCAUAUAGUAGUUUCAACUUUAGUAGGAGUCAUCGAGAAAAGGAUCGUAGCAGGGAGAAAGAUAGGUCAAGCUAUGUGGAUCCGUGGGACAAUGACACUCUCCCUCUUGGAAGCGUCUUGACUGGUAGGGAUCAGGAGCAAUUGAGGCGAUCACAUUCAAUGAUAACAAGGAAACAGGGUGAUCACCUGUCUCGAGGGUCUGCAGUGGGCUUGAAAACUGCUGGUGGCCAUACUAACGUCUACAACGGAAAUGGUAUUCUUCCUGGACCUAUAGGCAAUAGCUUUCAGAAAACCGGUUUUGAUAAGGAUUUCCCUUCGCUUGGAGCUGAAGAUAGGCAUGGGGGAUCAGAUGUUGUAAGAGUCUCAUCCCCUGGCCUUAUUUCUGCUGUUCAGAGCUUGCCUGUUGGUACCUCAGCCUUGAUUGGUGGGGAAGGAUGGACAUCUGCUUUGGUUGAGGUGCCUAGUGUUAUUGAGAAGAGUGGCACCGGGUCAUUAUCUUCCCCUCAAGGUAGUGUUGCUACCUCAGGUACUUUAACGGGAACUACUAGUCUUAACAUGGCUGAAGCACUGGUGCAGGCUCCAGCCAGAACUCGUACACCACCCCAGGGAUCUGUAAAGACACAAAGACUGGAGGAAAGGACUAUUAAGCAAUCAAGGCAGUUAAUACCAGUUGUACCUUCAGCACCAAAGGGUUUGAUUCUGAAUUCUUCUGAUAAAUCAAAGCCCAAACAAGUGGUUCGAGUUGGUGAAAUUGGUCAUGCUGCUUCAAGAAAUGCCCAACAACAGUCCUCUGCACUGCUCAAUAGUUUCCAGUCGAAUCCCGGUGGGCAGAUCAAGCCUGACACAUCAAAGAAGCUACUGGUUCUCAAACCUGCUAGAGAAAAUGGUGUCCCUGCUAUUAAAGAAUUUUCAAGUCCCAGCAAUAACACCAACACCCGAGCCGCUACUACCCAGCUUCUGACUGUUGCUCCCUGCUCCCAAUCUGUGUCGGUGAGAAGUACAAAUAGCCCAAAGGAGACCAAGGGAGUGUCUUUGAACAUGAUAUCAGGGCAAACCGUUGAGAAAAGGCCUUCCUCUGCUCAAACACAGAGCAGGAAUGAAUUUUACAAUGCUCUAAAGCAGAAGACAUCCAUAAACAUCUCAAUUGAACCCGCUAACUCCAGCUCUUGCAUCUCUUCUUCCGUUGAGGAAAAGGCCGACAGUUCUAAGGAGCAUGUAGCUAGUGACCCUUCUAGUCCACAGGCUGUGAACAGCUUAGAAGAGGCCGAAACAGAUAACAACAUCAGUGAGAGGUCUGUGGGCGAAGAGAGGGAUGUGAUGUUCGAUGCAGCAGCUACUCCUGAUGAAGAGGAGGCUGAGUUUCUGAGGUCCCUUGGAUGGGAUGAAAACACUUGCGAGGACGAAGCCCUUACCCAGGAGGAGAUCACUGCCUUCAUUGAACAGUACAAGAAGCUUAAACCAUCGCUGCUGCAGAAGCUGUCCGUUAUACACGAAGCCACACAAGACAUAACCUCCUCAGCUGACACUUAGAAUGGUGUCGUUUUUGCCCCCACAAAGCCCGAGAAGAAGACCGUUUUCUUCUUGUGGAAGAUAAUUCCCUUUCCUUGUUAUUUUCUUUCUUCUUUUUGUUUACUUUUUUUUUUCUGAGAAAGGCUGUCAUCUAUGGCAUGGAAGAAGAAAGGGGCAGGACUUAAUUUUUUUUCGGGUGGUGGUUGUGGCAAAUACUGAAAUUAUGUGGGAGCUAUGAGUUUGCCACAUGAAGAGAGAGUCCUGCCUCUGCGAAGGUGAAAGAGGUGACUUUUUUAGGUUGUUUUGGUCUUUUCACGGAGAGCUGUGUCCCUUUGGGUUCUUAAUGUUUUGAUGGGGAAAGAGGGGAAAGAAAGAAGCCUAUGGUAUCGUUUCAUUGCUUUAGGUGAAGAGAAAACGAAUGGAAAGGGUUCAUUUUCUUU